CGAUCGGGUGAACGCACUCUUCGCCAUUUGAAUGUCACCCUUUGGUUAAAAUCGGGCGCUUAUUGCGUGGCGGGUCGGCUCUACGAAGAUUGCCGAACCUCUCCGGAGUUUGCCGAAGGGCCUGUCGCGGCUGCAUUCCGGCGACAUUAAUGCGAACCGCUGGCAGUAUUGGCAAGCCACAUAAAAAAUUCCCCUUGCUUCUUAACAGUCGGCUGGUUGGCCCCGACCUCCGUUUAUCCGUUUGAAAGUCAUCGGACGGGGGCACGCGGAGGGUUAUCCCCGGCCGAAGGACGUGUGCCACGUUCGCAACUCUCGUGAGAGCCGCGGCGCCGUGUGGACGAGGACGGCGCAUGCCGAGCAGCCCGGGGCCCGUCACCGUGCAGAGCGGGCGCGAUGUUUCCACGGAGUGCGGCGCCGAGAUGCCCGUAGAGCUUGGCCCGUGCAUUCGGUGUUAACGCCCCCGCUGGGACUAUGGCGGCUUUUAUUAGGUCUGCACGUCUCGCUUUGAGCGCCUUGGCCGGAGGGGACCGAAAUGCUGGGCCUUGUAUGGCGAAGGGAGCAGCGCGCCGCAGUUCACUGGACAGACUCGCAUGACGGACUCUUGUUACCAGCAUGUAUUCCAAACUGAGGCCCAGUGUGUUAAUCCAAAAAGAUCACAUAAUGGCUCACCCGUCAGUUAGAAUCAAAGGGACAGAGCACAGCUACAACCCCGUGCUGUGUCAAGACGACAAGUGUCAGGCCAGCUCCAAAGGCAGCCACAUGCACUGUCCCUUCUGCAGCGUGACCGAGGCCUACCAAGACCCAGUGAUCCUGAGGGCGCACUACCGAGUCAAGCACGUCGAUAAGGGGAUUGACUUUGCAGGUUUAAAGGUUCUCCGCUGCUGCAAUCACUGCGAGAUUGUGGGUACUAUUAAGGGUGAAAAGAAAUUCAAAGGUGCCCACUGGCACUGUUACCGGUGCCGAAACGGCUUCAACAGGCGGGACGAGGCAGUAAAGCACUAUAAAACUCACUUCAGGAAUCCGCACACCACCUUUCAGAUUCAGAUCACUCAGGAGGUUAACAGCCGACAGUAUUACGAGCAGAGUGCCGAAGCCCACGCUAAAGCCUAUGGAGGGCUCACCAUCACGGCUGGCACGAACGGAGACUACAGCAGCAUCGGCUCAGUUUUCGCCCAAACUGUCAUAUCUUCGGCAGCUGGCACAGAGACAUUCCUGACCGAUGUGUCCAAGGACAGCAGUGUGAAUAAUGGGAUAACAGUUGGUGCAGAAGAGACUGUGGGACCAGCUGCUCAUUCUUCGAGAAGACAAACGCUGAUCCUCAUGGACUCUGAUGACCCUGGAAAUACGGCGUAUGAGGAUACAGGCAGCCUCGUCACCGAGACGGUUGGAGAGGCUGUGGAACAGAAUUUGCUGCUGGAGAAGCAACUUAUCGAACUUCAUCAACAGAAUCAAAGCCUGCGGCUAGAAAAAGAGGAGACGGAGAAGAGGCUGAGAGCAGAAAUCCAGCAACUCAAAGAUCAUAUGGCUGGUCUCGUACAAGCAAACGUAAAGAUGUUUGAGGAACUUCAGCUUUAUCGUGCGGCUGAUGACACAGAGCACAAGAUUGCUAAAUUGCUGGAGACAAUGGAGAGGCAGCACAGCGAUCUCCUGCACACUCAGCUCGCAUGCUUGAGAAAGGAAGUGCUGCGUAGUUCGAUGCCGCUGACCGUGAACGGAGACACAGAGACUCUGCGCCUGACUCUGCCCCAUCAUAACGAAAACCACGGCGGCCACGUCAUCUCCCUCUUGGAGUCCCCUCAUUGCACGGGGCGGGAGGCAGAAACGGGCGGACUGGCGGCACUGGAGAUUGUGGAGGUGCAACUCGAACCAGCUGCUGAUCUGCAUAAGGCCAGCGGCACAUCGGAGCCCCCUUACCACGUGGAGGAUGUCCAGCCACAGAGGACUCUUCUAACGGAAAAACGGAAAGCUGCAGAGCGUGCCGAGGUGGGAUGUAAAGCAAAAAUACAGAAGGUGAUUGGAAGCUAAAAUAGGAAAUGCACACACACUGUCGCAGUCUGGACUGCCGUCUUCUUGACCGAAACACCUUUUUCAUUUUUGAUUUUAUACAGUAUAGCCGACUGAUGUACUUUUUUUUUUUUUAAUCACUCAUUCUCUAAAAAAAGUAGAAUUUUUCUUAUGAUUACUACGUGUAAAUUUGAGCCUUUUUAUCCUGUUCCAAGUCUUAUUUCUUUAUAGCGCCGUUCCCCAUGGGGGAGGCCAAAUGAGAACCCUUUUUAUUCAUUGGACUCUGUGCUUCACGUCACUAAACGCAGCAGGAUCUGAAGUGAAACCUGCCAUCUUGAAGGAACCGAAACCUGACCCUGGGCGUGGCUUCUGAUGAGGUGGGGCGGGGGGGAUUUUACGAAGUCCUGUCCAGUUUGGUGCCGAUUCUUAACGUGCUCGGUUUUGAACGUUUCUUGCAUGUGCACACGCAAACCUUUUGUUUCUUGUUUUCGAGAACCUUGGGAGUAUUUGCAUUGGAUUGAUGGCGUUUUCCCGUCUUCUAUAGCGGCGAUUUUUAAAAAGUAGGAGAGCCUAUCCAGUAAAUGUGUGGGUGGGGGGCACAACUGGAUGUGAUUUGACACACAACUUUUUAUUCAUGUUGUACUCCUGCCAGGACCCUGAGAUGAAAUGACCUGUGGGAAUGGAAAGGCCACCAGAAAGGGAAAUGCGGAUAAUGUCGUUUUCUAUUUUUUAUUUUUUAAAGUAUUCUGCGUCUGGGGUGUGGAUUGGCUGCUGUGAAGGAGAAAACAGGGGGGUUUGACGCAAGAAUAAAGUGGAGAAGGAAGCAGGAAGUUCCUGCCACCGCCCACCUCCCUUGCCGUGAUGACAUUUGUAAGCAUCUCCCUUUAUUAAUAAAAAAAACAAAACACACACACAGGUAUUGGAGAGUCUGUCGCCAUCGCCGUGUCUGUUGCAGAAAUCUGCCGAAACACAACACGUACGGGGGCCCUUCAUAAUGUUUAGGACGCAGGCACCUUCUUUCAAAUCUUGAUUUGUACCCUCUGCUCCACAGUUUAAAAUAACAAGUCAAACAAUUGAGAACGGGGAUUAAAGUGCACGUUGCAGACUUUCAUUGAAGGGGAUUUGCAGACACGUCAGUCACACAAUGCUUUCCCACCGUGUCAGUGCCUACAGGAACCCCCCAGUCAUCUCCAGUAAGAGGGGCUGGUCCUGGAUUAUACGAGUCCUCUUGUGGUAGCCCAGCUGCAGUCUUCCUGUCGGACAAAGCCUGGAGUGGAGGAUGCAGUUAUCUUUCUCAUCCACAAGCCUGGACAAGGCUUGGCCACACUUUGAGGACUGUGACUUUGUUUGAUUUCUCCAAUGCCUUCAAUACCAUCCAGCCAUCCCUGUUCAGGGGUCAGCUCAGAGCUAUGCAGGUGGGUGAGCCGGUGGAUGAUGGACCAUCUGACGGCAGGCCACAGUUUGUGAGACUCGGGAACUGGAGCUGCACAAGGAGCAGGCCUGUCCCGUCCCAUUUUCUAUUCACUAUACACCUCCGGCUGUAUAAAUAUAGAAAUUCCCAGAUGCUUCUGAACUUACCAGGUGGAGAACUUUGAGAAUUGUCUGCAAAUUAACAUCAGCUAAGCCAAGGCACUGCUUACUAAUUUUUUUACUGCACCAAAGAGCUACUCAGUCCAGUCACUGUUCAGGGAGUGGAUGUGGAGGUGAGGUACUCUGCUACAAGUACUUGGGGGUCCACAUCAAUGACAGACAGGUCUGAUAUCAUAGAGAAGAAAGGGCAAAGCAGACUCUUCUUCCUUAGGAGACUGCGUCCCUUUCAUGAGGUUUUGACGACAUCUACAGCUCUCUGGUGGCCAGGGUGGUGUGCAUCAUUUCAAUGAGCUAAUUAAAAGCACAGGAUCAGUUACAGGAUGCACUCAAGGUUCCCUGAAUGUAAUGGUGGAGGAAAAAAAUGACGACAAAACUGAGCGCCAUUGUGAACAAUGCUGCACAUCCUCUCAAUAACAAGCCAACAUUGGGGACUUUCAGCCAACAAACUACUGAGCAGAAGCUUGUCAAGAAAAGCAACUCGGGCUCCUUUAUACCAACAGCAAUACGCCUGCAUUGUGCCUCACUGGGACUGCCAAAUCAGAAUUUUUUUUUGUUGUUUUUAAUUUUCUUCCUUUUUAGACAUUGUGGUGUAUAUUGGAGAGGUUUGUUGUUUGCCGUAAUAAUAAUUUUUCUGUAAAAAAUCAACCUACCCCCCCCACACCUCAAUAAAGUUCUCUCUGCCA